CCUCUCUCUCACUGUAAUUAAAAAAAAAAAAAACCAUAAAGUCCCCAUUAAAACCCAAGUCGCCACUCGUUCACAUUCACAAAAUUUUUUUUCCCCCUUCUCCUCAAUCCCUCAAUAAACUUUUAAGGGUUUCAGGGUUGCCCACCAUUGAAAAACAAAGGGGAAAACAUAAACACCAUCCCCUCCUCCUUUAAGCAGCCAACAACAAUAAGGACUCCCUUUUCCUUUUUUCCUUUUUUUUUUUUUUGAACUCCCUCUAUUUGAAGCCUUUCUUUGUUCUCAAAAGCAUGUCAGGUUUGUAUACUCACAGUUUCUCACCAGCAAGAGCUCUCUCCCCCCAGAUAAGGAACACACCAGAUAUAGACAGUCAGUAUCUGGCAGAGUUGCUGGCAGAGCACCAGAAGCUUGUGCCUUUCAUGCAGGUUCUGCCCAUUUGCAGCAGAUUGUUGAAUCAGGAAAUUGUUCGUGUCUCUGGCUUUGUUCCCAAUCAUGGAUUCGGUGACUAUGACAGGAUGCGCCAAGGAAGUCCCAGUCCCAUGGCUUCUCCAAACAUUGGAGGGAUUGGUUUAGGUAGUUGGAAUGGAAUACAACAGGAGAGGCUUGGCCUUCCUCAAGGAAUGUCAAUGGAUUGGCAAGGAGCGCCAGCAAGCCCAAGUUCAUAUUUUGUCAAGAAGAUCCUGAGAUUAGAAAUUCCAGUUGACAGCUAUCCAAAUUUCAACUUUGUAGGUCGACUUCUUGGACCUAGGGGUAAUUCUUUAAAGCGCGUUGAAGCAUCUACAGGCUGUCGUGUUUAUAUCAGAGGAAAAGGUUCAAUUAAAGAUCCUGGCAAGGAGGACAAACUUAGGGGAAGACCAGGUUAUGAGCAUUUGAAUGAUCAGCUGCACAUUUUAAUUGAGGCUGAGUUGCCUGCAAAUAUUGUGGAUACAAGAUUGAGACAGGCACAGGAAAUCAUAGAAGAGCUGCUGAAACCAGUGGAUGAAUCCCAAGACUACUACAAGAGGCAACAACUUCGAGAACUAGCCAUGUUGAAUUCAGGUCUAAGAGAAGAUAGCCCUCAUCCUAGCGGCAGUGUUUCACCAUUUGGUAACAGUGGGAUGAAGAGAGCUAAAACAGGAAGAUAGUGAAUCUUUCAUUUAAUCAGUGAUUGCUUUUAGACGUCGUCUCUUUGAGUAUAUCAUCAUAACUAGCUGGUGAGUUUGAUCGGCUUGUGUUAACCCUGGAAAAGAAGAAAGAGAGGGGAAAAAAAAAAGAAAAAAAGAAAACAAUCUCCUGUAACUUGUGAGCCUAGGACAUUCAUUUGAUUCGUUUUCAUUUGUUAACCCGCAGUUAUGAUAACUAAGGGCAGGAGAUCUCUGAACAUUGCCCUAGAGAGUAGUAACUCAUGUUGUUUAAUUUUGAGGAACUGUAUCUGUUGUGCUGUUAAGUAUAUUUUUCGGAUGCGAGUGUAAUUUGAAGACAAUAAGUCUAAGUUUGUACUCAAGAUAUAUACCGGUCUGCAAUUUUGUUUGGAAUUCGUGAAUUACCUGUGUGCAACAGAUUCGGCGUUCUUGGAAA